AUGGUAGCUACUGGUGAACGUGAUACCGGUAGAGGUUGUAAUCAGAUUGGAAAUUUAUUACGGCCAGGAAAGACUCGUUGGAGUUCUAAUUUUGACUCACUUUGUAGCAUAGUUGAUAUGUAUGGCUCUGUGAUCACUGUUUUAGAAAAUAUGGUUGAUGAGGGAUCUUCUAACUCCAUUCGUGGUGAAGCUAGUGGUUUGUUGAUUGCGAUGAAGUCUUUUGAUUUCAUAUUCAUUCUACACUUAAUGAAAAGGAUAAUGGGAUUAACAAAUCUACUUUGUCGAGCAUUGCAAGAGAGAUCUCUAGAUAUUUUAAAUGCAAUGGAGCAUGUUUCAACUACUAAAACUUUGCUUCAUGUUUUGAGAGAGCAAGGGUUUGAUAAUUUACUCAGUUGCGUGGAAGAAGUUUCAAAAAAGUAUGACAUUGAGAUACCUCAGAUGGAAGCUUGUUACAAAUCUAGUAGAAGUCGUUCUUGUCAACAAAAGGAUUCGAUUACAGUUAAGCACCACUAUCAAUUUGAUGUAUUUGUUGCUGCAAUAGAUUUUCAAAUUGAAGAGCUCAAUAGUAGAUUCAAGGACGAGGCAGUCGAACUUCUUAAGCUCAGUGGUGCUUUGGAACCUAAAGACAACUUUAAACUUCUUAAUAUUUUGAUGCACAAGAUUUGCACCACUUGA